AUGCCGCGUUUCGAAUAUGCCUCGUUGCGGCCUCUGGAUCUUCGGCUUCUGGAACUGCAUCCUGGACUAGCGGGAGAUGUACUUGCUGGCACCAUCACUCACAAGUAUUUCUCUGUGGAGGGAGAUGAGAUACCGCAAUUUAAAGCCCUUUCCUACCACUGGGGCGAUCAAAGUGACCCAGUCUCUAUUUCUCUGUCGACAUGCCAAUCGCUAGAAGACCCUUCCUCGGAUGUGGAAUCGGGAAGCCUUGAUAUCGGGCGCAACCUAGCAUUAGUGCUCCAGGCCCUUCGACGUCAGGAUAAGAGACGCGUCCUCUGGUGUGAUUCUAUCUGCAUCAAUCAGCGAGACCUUCCAGAGCGAGCUGCUCAAGUGCAGUGCAUGAAGGAUAUAUACCGCUAUGCUAAAAGCGUGGUAGUAUGGCUGGGCCCUGAGGCAUCCUGGAGCACCAUGGCUAUGGAGACUGUACGCUGGGCUGGAGAGCAAAUUGAAUCAGCAACUAUGGAUUAUAUCCACGGCAAACACGUUUUCACGUGCAGGGUUACAGCUGACAAACGUAUUCUGAAGACUGCUGACCCUCUGCCAUUGGGUGGAGCCCAGUGGCUAGCUAUUGAAAAACUGGUUGCAUUGGACUGGCAUAAGCGUCUGUGGACUUUUCAGGAGAUUAUUUUGGCAAACCAGAAGGCAUGCAUUGUGAAGCUAGGAAAGGAGGAGAUGUCAUGGGCCGUCUAUAAAGACUCCUUGAGCUUUAUACUGUUCGGUAAACCUCUCCCACAUGACUGUUUCCUAGAUGAAACAUCCUUUAGCUUAAAUGCAGAUAUGAUGGCAAGUAAAGCUUUGGGUUGCGUGGAAGUUAAGGGUAAGAACAAUUGGAUCGAGAUGAUAGGUGUCAGCCGAGAAUAUGAAUGCUCCAACCCACGAGACAGAAUUUAUGCUCUGCAAGGAUUGGUAGCGCCUUAUCUCGCCCUGGCAAUCACGCCAGACUAUACAAAGUCUGCCAAAGAUGUCCUCAUAUCUAUCUGCCUUCAACACAUCGAAACACAAAAGAAUCUCGAAUUUCUACAUCAUUGCAACGCGGCCGCGAGACCGAGCUGGGUUGCUGAUUUGGAUAGACCUCUCAGCUCGCUAGUCAUCGACUGCCAUGUCGCGCCAUUCUCUACGCCCUCGGCGUAUCUAAUUGAGCCUGGAGUACUAGAGACAGGGGGGAUAUCAUGCGAUGAAUUAGACUGCGACCCAAUCCUAUUACCUCAAAAGGUGAUCUCACAGACGGACAUUGAGUACCGGCAGCAAUUUGUAGACAUGGUCAACGCUUUCACCAGCCACAAUUCCCAUCAAGACGACAAUCAUCUUGAUAGACUAACAAUGGCGCUAACCUACGGGGCCGUGAGGGAUUAUAGUCUGCAGAAGCUUCGAGUCCUCAACGAAAUGUCGUUUCAUUCUUUACAGGAUUGGAGAUGGAAGAUUCGUCGCUGGUUAAAUGGCACGAGCGAUGCAGUUGAGGAUCUGGAAGAUUUCCGGCUGAAUGAUUGA